CACGCUGAUCUUUCCAUAUACCCCCGUGAUCUCCAAAACAACAUAACAAAGUGGGGGAAACAUGGCGAGCGGAGAGGAGGCCACAAGACGCCCCUCGGUUACCUCCUCUUCGGUCGGCCUGGAGGCCCUGUUCCCUGCCGGGACGUCGGAGCAGGCGUGCGGGGACGGAAACCCGGAGCUCGUUCGCCUGCGGGAGCGUCUCCAGACUUGGCUAUCGCAGUAUGAACUCCUGCUGCUGUGGGUGCAGAGGCUGCUGGUCUGGGAGAGGCCGCUGUACAGCAUCUUUGUCGCCCUGACACUCAACACAUUAUUCUGGCUCCUGUCCUCCACCUCACUGCGGCCUCUGUUUCUGAUAAGCGUGUCCCUGCUGGGGCUCAUGCUGCUGGAGAGAUGGAAGCCCAGGUUGCCCAUUAUUACUGUUCAACAUGUAGAGGCUCAUCCUCCAUUAAGUGAGACAAUGAGCGUGGAGCAGCGUCUGCUCAGCAUCCCUGAGCUCAGCCACCACCUGGCUGAGAGCUACCUGACCUGCUGCCUGUAUCUGCAGGAAAUGCUGCAGUACAAACGACAGAACCACGGCAAGUUCUGUGUGAUGAUGUGCAGUGGCUGUUUUGUAUUAGCCGUGGUUGGGCAUUACGUACCAGGAAUCAUGAUCUCCUAUAUUAUAGUCCUGAGCGUCCUGUUGUGGCCACUGGUGGUGUACCAUGAACUGAUCCAGAGGAUGUACACCGGCCUGGAACCGAUCCUGAUGAAACUGGACUACAGCAUGAAGGGCGAUACGGAGCCCCGCAAACACGACAAGAGGAAGGUAAAGAAGGAGGUGGAGGAGGGGGACGAGCCUAGAGCUGAAACGGAGAGUGAGAGUGAGGAAGAACUGUCCUGUUUUGCUCCAACGGUGGAUGUGAAAACUACGGCUCUGGCUAUGGCCAUCACAGACUCUGAGCUAUCGGAUGAAGAGGCGUCCAUCUUGGAGAGCGGAGGCUUCUCAGUGUCCAGAGCCACGACGCCACAACUCACCGAUGUGUCUGAAGAUUUGGACCAGCAGAGUUUACACAGUGACCCAGAGGAGUCCUACCUGCGGGAUCUCCCAGAAUUCCCCUCGGUGGAGGAGUUCCCCUCCAUUGAACACAAUCUGCUUCACUUCCCUCUGCGAGGCCAAGCCCUGGGAGAGGGAACCCAGACUGACGGUCAGUCUGAGGGGGAACCGUUGAGCCCUGCCAGCCUCCUUAUCCAGCACCUAGCAUCCCCCCUCCAUUUUGUGAACACACAUUUCAACGGACAUGGGCGACCACCAGUGGGAGAAGAGGGCGUGUUGCCUGCUCCAGGCACAGCAGACGAAGGAGAGAAGAAGGAGCCUGCAGUCACCCAGGGUGCACAGCGUUCCUUGGAGGCCCUGAGCGAGGAGAUAGUGAGCACUGCCAUCUCCACUGUCGUGCAGAACACUCUGUCAGCCCUGCUCCGUUCCAGUGAGGCCAGUGAAGAGCCCUCUCUGGUUGAGUUCCUUCCCAGCGAAACCCCUCCGGGCGCUUUGGAUACCCCCACGCAACCCACCAGCACCACUGCUAACACUACAAUUACCACAGUAGGGGCGCUCAGUCCUGACGAGGAACCGGAUGAGGCGAUCACGACGGAAAGCGGUGCUGGCGAGGAGUUCCCUGAUGACACACUAGUUCCGACUGAGGAAGAGGACUUUGAGCUUUUGGACCAAAGCGAACUGGAUGAAGGGCUGGACAUCAGCCCUGAAGGACAGGUGGUGGGUGAAACUCCAGACACACCUCCGUCUCCUCAGCAUCAACCACAAUCAUAGCUGCCCUGCUGCCUCCCCCCAAUGUUUUGCUUUUAUUUGUAUGUUAAAACUACAUUAUUAUCAUACAUACGGCUAUAUAAAGGUCUGGAGUUAAAGAGUGUUGGUUGGUGAUUGUGUGGCAGAUGGUUGGGAUCCUCUGUGCGUUCUGCUUUUAUAGCCUCACAUCAGAAGAGUCUGUUAGGUCUUGAAGUCCAUGACUGUGAUUAGCUUCUAUCAGGUGGCAUUCAUAACAACACAGCUUUACUGUACUGUUAAAUGUACCAUUUGAAUAGUGCAUUAAAUGUAAAGGUUUUUGUGUUAUACUGAUUGCUGUCCUGAUAGGAGCAUUUUCAGUGAGAGUGUUCUGGAGGGAUGACUUGUUUAAUUUCAGUCUCUUCAUACAACAGUGAUGCCUUUUGUUUUGUACCGAGGCUCAAAGUUUCCACCUUUGUUUCCAUUCAGAAGCAGAUGUCUAUAUAGGUGGCGUUAAGAAGAGUUGAAAUGUUGGAUUAUAUAACUGUUAAUACGUGCUAUAAAUUAUUUAAUUUAAUGGUCAGUUGGUGAAACUUUAUAACUAAGCAGAGGGGGGAGUUUAAAAGUAUAUUUUAGCCCUUUAUUACCCCAUAAAGAUUGUAUGUAAAUGUUUUAAUGACGACACCGGGUUUAAAUUGUAGUUGCACAUUCCCACAGUUAGAUGAGUAAAACCACAUUGAUCCCCGUCUUCACCUCGGAGGUUGCAGUUUAGAAAUUCCUGUUCAGUCAUUGUUGGUUUUUUCACUCGUUGCCUGAAAACGUAUUCUUUGACGUUAUUGGAUGUUGACAGCUAGCAGACCUUUACCCAUACACGAGUGACUUUAAUGUGGCAAGAUAAGAUAAAUGUUCCCGAAUGUCCCCCUCUGUGAUGGACGCCUCAUUUUUAUUGACGUAGAAUUUAAUUUCAUACAUUCACAUGUUAUUGAAUUUAUUAUUUAUCUAAAGACUUGUUAGUUAUGCCCUUGUACUAUUUGUACAGUGAUGACUGGGAAUAUGUAUAUUUACCAAAUAAUCUCCUCUGUGCCAUGACAAGUUCAUGCAUGCCAUGCAUCACGCAUGUAUUUACCAUCAAUAUUUGAGGUUGAUUUUCAAGAGUUUUACUAGAGCAGAUAUUUUUCUGUUCUUGUAGGGAAUAAUACUGUCAUUGUGCAUCAUAUAUCUGGGCCAAUGUUGGGGAUCUGUGUUAAAAAAUAAUAAGAAUCUACAAGAAAUUUAGCACCUUGCUUGACUCUUGUAAACCACUCAGCAUCCAAGUCUCAGGGUUGGGUUGUACAAAGUGAACCUAACAUUGCAGAAAAUGUGUCAGUCCCCCCCCCCCCCCCCCCCCCCCAACUCGUCGUAGUGCACUGUAUUUGUACUAACCUCCUUCUUUUUCAGUCAUUGCCUCCUUGUCUAUAGUGUAGAAAUGCAAAAAGUGUAUAUUCUGCAUGUAAAAACAGCAACUGUUCAAGUUCUCCUUGUCAGCUGACAAAGUACUGCACAAUUUGUGAAGGAAAAAAAAAAAAAAUCAGUUUGAAUGUUUCAGGUUUAAAGAGCGCAUUAAAUUCAGCUUGUUUAAUAUUUCAUUACCAAUGAGGGGAGUACAAGUUUUGAUGUGUCCUCACUUUUAAAAGGCUACCCAUCUGUAAAUGGAAGUGGAUGGUUGCAGUGAUAACAUCAGAUUUAGAGAAUAUUAACUGACUAGUUUGUGUACUAUAGUACUGUUUUAUGUUUAAAAAUCCUGCUUAAACCAUAAAAAAGUCACUUACUGAACUGUAAAAAUUUAAAAGAAUAUAUUUUCUAAUUUCUCCUUUUUCCAUAAAGUACUCAGUUUGAUCUUUUAUGUCUAAAAAUAUAACCCCUCUGGACGUGUUUCACAAAGCGGAACAGGUUUAAUGUCAUUAGACUGUGAUAUAAAACUGCAACUCCACAUGUGAAAAUAAAAGAACAAACUGAAACAAA